CAUUAUUUAAGAAUCUUAAAAAUCUUAUUCUAAAAUGUUGGUUUACCUUUCUACUACUAUAUUGAAUUAACGAUUUACCGAUAUACCAUCCGGCGGACGUCCGGAGGAUCUGACAUCUGAGUCACGCUUUUAGUUUAAUUCUUUUUCUAAUUCUAACCAUCUUGAAAGGGGUCAUUUGCCCCAAAUACCAUUUUCACAAAACCCUAGCUACCUAUUCAUUCAUCCACGAUUCGAAAAUGGGAAAUGAAGAAAAUGUGAAGCACCUUGAAGACUGCUCUGUUUCCAAUGCAUUGGGCACUUGGGUAUUCUCUGUAGCAGGAGCUUUGCUGGCAAUUCCAGUAGGGAUAAAGCGCAAAUCGCUAGCGCCCCUUGUAUUUUUUGGCACCACCGGUACUAUGCUGGAUAUUAUUAUGGGAAUUACGGCAUGUGAAAGGGAACAUGCCGAACGUCAAAUGAAGCUGCUUGAAGAUCAAAAUGCUGCUGCAGCUGAAACUUUGUUGGAUGACACAAAUAUUGAUUCAUAGCCUCUAAGUAUCUUGCUUGAUGUCAUAUAUGUUUGUCAAAUUUGUUUGGUCACAUAAUUGUAACAAACUAAAUGCAAUUUUCUCGCAGAUUGAUCAUAUAUACUUUCAAUUUACAUUGUUGGCCUUUUCCCUCACCAGUGUAAACAAAAGGUGAAUAACAAAGGUUUCUCAGUUUAUUUAUUCAGAGAGAAAUGGUUGGUUGGUUC